UUGUUUUACCCUUACCAUUUGCACCUGGGAAAAUGGCGGCGUUGCAAGACGCCAAGGUUUUGCUUUUGUUAUUUUUACCUGUGACAGUUUGGGGAAGAUGCAACAUUCCAGCGUACUUUCACGGAGACUGGUACAGUAGAGAAUCUGGUACAGACAUUAGAACAUUGGUAAAUAAUGAUAAGUGGGACAGCAAUCAGGAUGACACCGAGUUAAACUGUGAGGAUUUGUUCAUCCACCCCAACCUAGGCCUUCAGCAGGAUGGCAACAAUGUUACAAUGUUAAUGGUCAAAAGUGGUGGAAGUCUCACAAACAAAUGUUACAUGUGUGUAGACGUUUUAUGGAGAACAAUCAACAUUCUACAAUAUAGGCAAGAGGACUGCAUCACGACCCAGUCCGGCAGUCAGAUUUCCCUCAAUGCCUCCUGUAAAUCUAUGAAUCCUUGGUACGGUCUGCCCAGCACUGACGUUACCUUCACAAUGUUUAGACAAGCUCCAAAGAAGAUAAAUUGUGUGACCACAUUUGAGGGCGUGUACCAGUUCUCUUAUGAAGUAGAUCAGGGGGGUGGAGGUAUCUGUAACCACCCUGACAGUCAAAUCAAAGCUUGUCAAGAACCCGGAUCUCAAUAUGUCGACAACGAAGUCUUCCUCAUGACCUAUCGCAAAUGUCAUGACGUGUCAACGUCAAAAAAUGAACAGGUGAGAUACCAGUGUAUGGGCUCAUGGUUCGCUGUGCGUAGUGGAAUCGGCUACACAUUCGCUGCCGUUGCUGACACUGUGGAACAGGAUACCAGAGAAAAGUUCAAGUGCUUGAUGACCUUGAAAAACCAGAAGGAUGCCAAGAAUCAGAUUCGAUGGGUCAUGUCUCGUUUUCCUGACUGCACAAGUUUGAGUGGAAUUUACAAGGGACCUCUUAAAUUAGUUCUAACAAGAAUUGCUCCACCCACCCAGUAUAUGAUCCCUCGCUGUAACUUGCCCAGAGACAUUGCCGGGACCUGGUUCACACAGGGACCUGAAUUCAAAUCUGACGUAAACGUCAACGAAACUCACGUCCAUUUCCACACUGGACUUAACGAGUUUGAGUUUCAGGAUGCCUUCUAUUCCUGCCAGCAAACUUUAGGAACUCGAUACUUGAUGACCAAGGUGUUAGUGGGGAAAUGUGAAGUAGACUUUGUGUGUAUGGACAUUGUUCCUCGACAUCACAGCAUUGUCAGAUACAGAAUAGGUAAGCCCGCACGACGCUUGUCCGAGACGGAACUGAAGGACCCUAAUUAUCUUGAGAUGGUGUUCCGAGAUGCCUGCAGCUGGAUGUCCUUCACCUUCAAUCGUGAAAUCAUAGACUGGAAAUACGAAGUGCUCAUCCAGAACCCUCCCACCCCCUACCCCUGUCCUGUUGGGGGUCGCUACAAUUUUAUCCAGAAUGCCGACAAAGAGAAUGAAAAAUACCAGACAAGGAUUCGAGGAGUAACACAGAAGCCUCGUGUACAGGUGGAUUGUCGCAUUGUCGUGUCCGAGAUCAAGUCCUGCAGUAACGACUUGACGAAAAUCUUUGUCGACGCUGAAUACUGCGAGACGGUCGACUACAGGGGACGGCCUAUUGGAGAGUACGAUGUGUCGGAUCACGAGUUAACCUGUGUAGGGUUCUGGAUGGAGGAUUACAAGUCCUACUUGGUCACGUGGGACGAAGAAGACGCCAUUUCUAACUUCAGAUGCUGGGUGUAUGAGAGAGCCAGCUGGACUACACUUCACAUGUCUCGAGCUCAGAAUGCCCGCUGUAACAAGAAACAGGAAGCCACGGAUUAUCAGAUGGCUGGCACGGGGUUAAUGCUGGAAAUGAUCGAAAAUGAAAGACUCUUUGAUAACUGUCCCCAACGUUUCGACUCGGGUGUGAAUCCAUACAAAUUACCAAACACCAUCUGGGUACUGAACUCAGCCAUCACUGUGAAGCCAUUCCCCUGGAUCCUCUCCCUUACUCUAUCAUUGAUCUGUGUACUGCUGUUUAGAUCGUAGACCUGUAUAUGUGUACUGUGCAAGACUGUGUGAUUCCUGAACUUCUAUAUGACGUUUUAAUCAAGUGUAUGUAUGAUUUAUUGUGCAUUUGGAGGAGUGAAUGGGUAAGAAUGGUUUAACCAAAAUGUGAAUUUUUAAAAUAUGUAUAUUCUAGCAAUUUAUGCAUAUCAAUUAUGAUAUUUGUCAUAUCCCCAUAUGUUUAUGUGACAUUUUUAUAUACCUUGUGUCAUACGAUUAAGAAAGCAAUUUUUUCGACUGAGCAUGCUUAUUUUCACAAAUUUUCUGCAGCUAGUGCAUUGCAUUCCAGUAUCAUAUCAACACCUUUUUGAAUUCCAAGAGAAAAGACUCCUUAAAUUGUUCUAGUAUUAUAAUCCUUGAAUAAAAUUUUACUUAAAAAAAAAUAGGUAUCAUUACUUUAAUUCCUUUUUCAGUUGGACUUUGGAUAAAUUUUGUUAAUACAACUUUAUUGUAUACAUUUUAUAUUUAUAAUGUAUUUUUACAAAAAUUUUGUCAACAGACAUUUGUCUUAUAAAAUGAUAUAUUUGUGAUAUUCUUUUUGGGGGGGGGAAUUGUUUUCUUUUUCUACAAAAUGAUAUAAUUUUUUAAAUGCAUUGACACACUAUUUGUACACUAGUUUAAUAUUUACAGGUUGUGAGAAGAAUAUUUUAUGUUUGUGAACAUAUUCCUGUUACUGUAGUGAUAAUUAUUAACAUAUCAUUUAGUGAUAAUUAUUAACACAUUAAUUAAAGCACUCUAUAUUUUAUGUGCCAUUCCAUGAUGGGGUUGUGUUUUAUUGUACUAUAUAUAUAGUGAUAUCUUUUUUUAUUUUAUUCUGUAUAUAUGUAAAUAAUUUCUAUCGGAACAUUUGUAUACUUCAUGCAUUCCAGACUAAAUUUACAUUUCAUCAAUUUGUUAUCAAAGAAUCAGAUGGCAAGAUAUUUUAUACAAUUUACAAAUAAAAAAAUGAAAUUGA